UGAUGACGACGAGUAUUAUAAGAAGCCUUAUCCGAGCUGCUUGCGCGAGUGAUUUGUAAACUUCCUACAAGAAUCAUACGCGAUAUAUAGUUGACUAAAAUGUGGUGUUGGACGCUGCUGUUGUCCUGUCUCGUUUCACAGGUUUGCAGUGAUUCCAAAUAUCCAAGUGUCAUCGUGAUUGGUGCUGGUUCAUCCGGUAUUGCAGCAGCUUCAAAACUCUUCGAGCACGGCUUCCAAAACGUCACGAUCCUCGAGGCUGAGAAUAGAAUCGGUGGGCGUGUCCACACUACGCGAUUCGCUGAUUACUGGGUCGACCUCGGCGGUCAAUGGGUCCAUGGCGAAGAGGGCAAUGUUGUAUUCCAAUUAGCUUGGCCACUUGAUUUACUGGAGCGAUCCUCCAAUAGAUAUUUAAACAGCCAGCUUUUUGUUACAAACGGUACAGAAAUCUCAAAACAGAUGGGGGAAAGUAUCAUUGAAGUUUACCUGAGGAUUGCUGCUGAGGCUAAGAACGAUCUUAAGAACAGAAGUGGAUCGAUCGGUGUUUACUUCGAGCAACGAUUAAACGACUACUAUAAGGAAGCCGGAAUAGAUGAGAACUUAAGGCAGGAAUUGACGAGAUUGAUAGAGCAGCUACAGAACUCGGCUGACGCCUCUGACUCUUGGCAUCAAGUUUCGGCAAAAGGUUAUAUCGAGUACUGGGAUUCGGCUGGGGAUCAUGUGAUCAACUGGAAGGAAAGAGGAUAUGGAUUCAUCCUUGAUAUAUUGAUGAAAAGAUAUCCAGAUCCUAUGGAAGAAUUACCAGUUUUGAAUAAUACGAUUUAUAAUGCGGAAGUAGCGAACAUCAAUUAUACGUAUACCAAUAAUACAGUAUCAGUUAGAACGACGGAUGGUCGUACUUAUGAAGCCAAUCACGUUAUCGUUACUACUUCUUUGGGCGUAUUGAAGGAACAAUACAAUACCCUCUUUAGUCCGAAACUACCAGAAUUGAAAAUCAAAACUAUCAAGGGGCUGGCAUUUGGUAGCGUAGCCAAGAUUUACCUCUCGUUUAACGAAACAUGGUGGCCUAGUGGGUCUGGUGGUUUCAACAUAUUGUGGGAUGAUAAGGAUAAAGAGUAUUUUAAAAAUCAUACGGAAGGAGAUUGGAUUCUUGAUCUCUUUGGACUUAUUCCUGUGGAACACAAACCCCGUUUACUCUGCGGAUGGAUGGCUGGUCCUGGGGCUCGUCGAAUGGAGAGAAUACCAGAGGAUCGAGUCUUGAGACAUAUGACAGAAUACAUUCAAAGAAUAUUUGGCACGUCUUACAACGUGACAGCUCCCACAGCUGUCUUACGAACUCAGUGGUACAACAAUAAGCACUUCCGUGGAACGUACAGCUAUCGCAGUCUUGAAUCUGAACGUGAAAAUGUUUGGGCAGAUCAGUUAGCAGAACCUUUGAUGAAGAACGACACACCUAUUGUUAUAUUCGCUGGGGAAGCUACCAAUGCGCAUCGUUAUUCCACUGUACAUGGAGCAGUAGAAUCUGGCUGGCGCGAAGCUAAUAGACUUAUUUCACUAUACUAAUAUGAGACAUACUCGUAAAUAAAAAUAUAUUGCAGUAAUAAAUGUCAAAUGAUGUCAGGAUUUGAUCUUAAAUAUAAUCUUGCUCAAGUUGUUUAUAUUGAA